AUGAGUUACGAGUAUCAGCACACUGAUCUCCUAAUUUACAAAGCUGUGUUUGAUGACAAUUGGAAUUCUGUAAGGAACAUCUUUCAAGAACAUCCGGAUCUACGAACCAAGCCAAUCAAUUCGAGGUUGGAGACGCCACUAAUGAUAGCCGUGGGAACGGAUCGGUCCCAUGAUUUUGUCAAAAACUUGCUGUCCAGUCUUUCUAGUGACGACUUGAUCCGUGUUGCGCUGGCUGAAGAGGACAAAGAAGGAGACACAGCCCUCCAUCAUGCUGCUCAGAUUGGAAAUAUGAUUGAUGCAACUUUAUUGCUUUCAUAUUCUUGCAAACCGGAGACAAUCUUACAUAAGAAUAAUGUUGGAGGUACGCCGUUGUUAUUUGCCUCGUGGUUGGGAAGGAAGAACGAUAUGCUUGAAUUCUUGUUUUCUAAGUUGGGUGUUUUAAACCCCCCGCCAUCAGGGAUUCCCAAUGAGAGUUUGGUUCAUGGCGAUCUCCUUAGUCCCGCCAUUGAAGGCGAAUUCCUCGUGUUGCCUGAUGAGAGUGAUCAAAGCAUGCCUGAUGAGAAAAAGGGACAACAGUAUGUCCAAGAUGAGACAACAUUUGGUGUAGUGAUAUUAGCAUACCCAAGCAUUAUUUGGGCUUCCGAUGGGUUCUAUUUGUUCCAUUCAGCCAUCAGUCAACGCCGAGAAAAAAUAUACAAUCUUGUCUACCAAAUGAGUAGCUACAAGGCGUUUAUAGCAAGUCACGUUAAUCAUGAUACAAAAGAGAACGCGUUACAUAUUGCUGCAAAGUUGGCCCCAGCUCGUCGACUAAAUAUUAUAAACGGAGCAGCUUUACAAAUGCAACGUGAGCUUCAAUGGUUCAAGGAAAUCGAAACUAAUUUCGUACAACCCGCAUGUAAAAAUGCUUACAACAAAGAGGGGAAAACUCCUAGAAUGGUUUUCACCGAUGCGCAUAAAGACUUGCUUAAAGAAGGCCAAGAAUGGAUGAAAGACACGGCAUCGUCAAGUACCGUGGUAGCAACACUCAUAGUCACAAUGGCAUUUGCAGUUGCCUUCGCGGUCCCUGGUGGAAACAAAAACGAAGGAAAUCCGGUGUACUUGGAUAGGGGAGCCUUUAUGCUUUUCAUCAUAUCAGAUGCCAUUGCCUUAUUUUCUUCAGCUACUUCGGUGUUAAUGUUCUUAGGGAUACUGACUUCACGCUAUGCGGCAGAUGACUUCCUUUACACGUUGCCAAAGCGAAUGACGAUCGGACUUGUGUUCUUGUUCUUGUCGUUAGCAGCUACGUUGGUAGCAUUCAGCGCAACCCUUUCACUAGUGCUUCAAGAUAAAGUGACAUGGAUUGCAGCUCCUCUUCUUGUAAUAACAAGUAUUCCUGUGGGUCUGUUUGGAGUGCUACAGUUUCCUUUGCUCAUUAAGCUGGUCUACUCCACAUAUGGACCAAGCAUCUUUCACAAGCAGAACAAGAGAAUGAUUCAUUAA